AUGGCCGCUGCUUCAGAUCUCGCCACUGCAACUCCUACUGCUGCAACAGUUCCUGCCACUACUGAAGCGACUGGCGUCGCUGGAACAACCAAACCCGUCCGCGUCGCCCAGCUAGUCUAUCUCCGCCCGGAGUGCUUGGAGGAAUAUAAACGCUGCCAUGCGGCUGUGUGGCCGGAUGUGCUGGCUCAAAUUCGGGAUUCUGGCAUCAGGGACUACUCGAUAUUCCUGACCCCAGUCCCCCGCCCCACGCUCUUCGCAACCUUCAAAUACGUCGGCACCGACUGGGACGCAGACAUGGCGUGCAUGGGCGCGAACGAGCGCGUGCGCGCGUGGUGGGCGCUUACGGACCGCAUGCAGGAGAGUGCGGUGCCUGGUGCGAAGGGGAGUGCUGCUGCUACUGAUGAUGAUGCCGUCCCGCCUUGGUGGUGGAGGGCGGAGGAGGUUUUUUAUUAUGAGGGGUAG